AUUGAUCUAUUGGUAGGUUGUCCUGUUAAACCUUGAUCAACAUUGAUCUAUUGGUAGGUUGUCCUUUUAAACCUUGAUCUACAUUGAACUAUUGGUAGGUUGUCCUGUUAAACUUUGAUCAACAUUGAACUAUUGGCCAUGUGCUCAUAUCAGUACUUUAUGUUGUGAUGCUGUAGGUUGUCCCCUCAUUAUGUGGAUGCCAUGAACAACCUGGCCAUGAUCUUAAGAGACAAACGCCAGUUCCAGGAAGCAGAGGAGUUGCUGGAGAGCGCCGUCAGAAUUAGCCCAAGCGACGCGGUAUCCUGGCUGAACCUUGGGGUCGUACGAAUAGGCCUACACAAGAUGGGACCAGCAGAAGACAGUUUUCUGGAAGCUCUUCGACACCGUAGGAAGUAUCCAGGCUGCCUUUUUAACUUGGGCAAUCUGUACAAAUACCAAGGACGCCACACAGAGGCCAUCAAUGCAUGGCAAAAUGCUACACAGAUGAGUCCUACAUACACCGGAGCCUGGAAACACACUCUAAUGCUUUUGCAUGAUCUGGGUAAAUAUGGCCGUGCUAUCGAGGUUGGUAAAGAAGCACUAAAGGUACUUCCUGACGAAGCAGACCUGGUGAUUAAUCUUGCAAAUGUGUACACGAAGGUAGAGAAGUUCAAGGAAGGCGAACGCCUGUUGCAGGCAGCCAUCAAGGGAAACAAGAAUCCACUUUUACAUCAUAGUCUAGGCAUGUUAUAUUAUCGUUGGGAAAAGUACGAGGAAGCUGAGAAAGCCAUGUUGAGGGCAAAGCAGCUGUCGCCAAGUGAUCCUCUAAUCCUCAAUGACCUGCAGAUGCUUCAUAGAAAAAUGGGCAAAAUCAAGUAAAAUUGAUUUCUGAGACGUUAUACAUUUAUCACAUUUGUACAUGUUGUGGGAGCGGCUAAACAGAAGAGGUAUGCUGACCUGAUGUGAAGAUUGUGCCUUGUCAUGAAAGGAAGAAUGGAAAAGCGCAUAAUAUAUUAAUUUUGCAGUUUUACUUCAGAAAUGGUAUUUAGGACAAAUCGCUUUGGUCCAAAAUGUACAGUACAACCUAAUUAUAAUGCCAAAUGUUUCAAUGUACAAAAGGUGGCAUUAUAACCAGGUUGUACUAUAUGUCCAAUUUCUUCAGGGUGAUAUUAAUACAUUAUAAUGUAAGCUCAAAAACAUAUCAUUGUUCUCAUACUUCUUUUGUGUUUUUCACUAAAAAAUCAUGUCAAUUUAACUAUAGAUUAGCUUCAGGGUAUUUUAGAAUAUGCUCGACAUAUAUGUGAAACCAAUGCAAACAUGUAGUUUAUGUUUUGUCAGAUGAUAUUGUAUAGAUAUAUUUAUUAUAUUUUUAGAGGUAAGUUAAUGCAUUAAAGACAUGAUUCUCAUUUAA